UACAUCAUAUCGGAGCACGUUGGAAGACAAUACACUGUAUAUAUAUACUGUAGAUCUACUAUACUAAAGCUAUUUUAACUACUCUCUACUGUGUCUAGCGUCAAGCAACUAAGAAUGACAACAGGCCGUAAAGCUAUGAAGGAAGGUGUGGGAGUCCGUGUGGGCAACAUGGAGCUACUGCUCUUCCAAGCAGCCAAACAGGGCAGCAGUGUGGAGCUGGGCUAUGUCCUGGAGCAGCUACCUGAGGCUGAGAAGUGUAUCAACUAUCAAGACCAGCAUGGCCAUUCAGCGCUCAUGGUGGCAGCACGUAAUGGGCACCUCGAUUGUGUUAAACUAUUGCUCGGACGCGGGGCUAGUCUCAAGCUUACCACACAUCGUGGAGGUCAAGAGGUCACAGCGCUCCAACUGGCAAAGAAAGCUGGCCGAACAGAGGUUUUGCACUAUCUACAGAAAUGCCUUGCUGAUCUAAAGAAGAUCGGAACAACUCGUGCAACGUUGGAAGCAGAUGUAGAGCGGAUAGCCUCCACUCCUCAACCAUCUCCAGAGCAACUAGUCCGCUUCUCCACUGGUCUACAAACACUCAUGGAUCACUGUGGCUUUGAUCUCAACAAUCCAGGGGACACACAGAUGCCAUUGCUGAUACGAGCCACAAAGGCUUCCAAUGUUCCCGUGGUGCUAGAGCUUAUCAACAAGUACAAAGCCACACCCCUCAUCAACGAACUGAACACAGGACAUAACGUCCUCCACCUGUCUUGCUUACAUCGCUCAGAACUUCGUUACUAUUAUACCAAAAACUUCCCCAGUCUGCUAAGGAACCCUGACCUCACAGGAGCUGUCCCCCUCCAUUUGGCAUGUGCUAAGAAUGACAUUGAGUUCGUUCAAUGGCUGUUUGGUAAAAUCCUCUCAGAAGAAAGUGAAAUGGAUCAAUUUUGCACAUCUACAGAACUGAAACGGUCAAACUCACUACCGGACAUACCCAAGGGUCGUUUCAUUCAAAGAAAUGGGUCGAGGAAAUCGUCCAUCAAGAUGUUAAGUGGACAGGGAGAUCUGGGCCUGCCUGUCAGUCUACUCAGUCCAGUGGCAUCGUUGCCCAUCAUCCGUCCCACACACAGACGUGUCAAGAGUGGAAGUAACCUAGACAUUAUCAAGGCAGACUCGAGAGAAAACUCUCCCCUUGAGUUGAGGGAGGCUGGUCUCAUAUUCAGCUUUGACAGCACGAGUAGCACUACAAGGUCUCACACUGUCUCAUGGCACAGCUGCAACUCUCGUGAGAGCAGCUCUGUUGAGAAUUCUCUCGACUCUAGAGGUCUCAGAGAAUCGUGUGAUUCAAACGAAAUGAAAUCUGAUGGACGAAGUUCAAGAGAUUCUUCAAUACCUCGGGACUCUGUUAGCCCUGAGAGAGAGGGGGAGUGUGCCACGCCCCUACUACCCCCUGUUACCGUGGUAACUAAUGGCCACACCCCUGACAACCCGCUAGGUUUAGAGGGCAUUCUGUCAGAGCCUCCGUUAUCUGUGAACGAAGUUGUGGAAAUGAAACCGUUUCGUGUGGACACGAGCGGACAAACAAUCCUCCACAUCCUCUCCAAAGAGGGACACUGUAAACUGCUCGCUAGUAUACUUAAAGUUGCCGACUACAUCAAAAGAAGCGUGGACUUUAACCUGUUGAUUCAUCGCGAUAUAUCUCGACUUCCGAUCGAGGUGGCUAUUCAAUCCCAGAGCACAGAGUGUAUACGCCUGCUGGUCCACUUCACCAUCCUAGCAGGACUGCUGGAGGAACUGCUCAAAGAUACACUUAUCAUCAAGACAGCUGUGUUCACUGGAGAUAUCGAGGUGGUCAAGGUGUUGCUUGAGUUUGGGUUUACCUCUGGUCUAGGUCCCGCUAUUGCCCUGGCGAUGGUCAAUGAGUUCCCUCUUAUCCUGCGAUUGCUCCUGUUCUAUCACACGCAGGUGGUCAACUCUGUGGAGUACUCCAGGGUCAGGAGGAACAGACAGGUUACGCUGGACAAGGGUGGCAUUAACUGGGACGGCCUACAGCUAGACCAAGUGAACCCACUCUGGUUGUGCGACUCAUAUGAUGCUGUGGACUCCGUGUCGCAAGCGUUUAACCUUAAUCCAGUCUUAGUGACCCCUGAGGGAAAUAUCGAUUUUUAUCGACAACUUGGUAAAGAUUGCCUCCUCUACUUCAACGAGCGAUUGAACGCCCCCGCAACCUCCCUCCCACGCAGAUCCCUCACCAUGGUAACAGAGGUCAACGUCAGCAGCAACCUACUCAUGGAAGUGCCUCACGAACUAUUUCAAAUGCCGUCUCUGCAUACCCUGAAAUUGUCUCAGAAUGAACUGACCUCCCUGCCGACCUCUAGUGACCCCUACACUACCAUCUACACAUCCCCGAUUCAGAAACUGGAACUAGAUUGGAACACGCUUGAAACACUCCCGGAAGAUCUAUUUAGGGGCGUGGCUAAUUCUCUUGAAGAACUGUCCGUCCAAUGCAAUCACCUCAAAACCCUGCCGCCUGGUUUGUGGGUGUGUCCUAAAUUGAGGGUACUCAAGCUGUCGAGAAAUCAGCUGUCCCAUCUCCACUACCUCAGCGACCCUGGUUACUAUGUUGAUCUGGAUCUGACUAAGCGUGUCAUUGGUGCGUUCACGUCCGAGGAUAGACAGCUGGUGUGUACGGCCGAUAUGUGCAGUCCGGGACACAGGAAAGAACUCCAGAACACCGAGACGUAUCUCCGCCAUGUGACCUCCUUCUACAUCACACUGCUGGCCGUUCAGAAACCACUCGAGCGUUUACUGAAACAUGACAUUUUUCAGGAGGUGAUCAGUCUGCAUCUGGCGCGGGACGUGUACUAUAGUCACACUGAUAACGGACUGGAGCCAGGUCCGUAUCAAAACACGCAGUUAUUACUACCUGGGGACGAGGACGAAGAACUAACCGUUGGAUCGCUUGCUAAACUGGAAAUUCUCGAUUUAUCGCUGAAUCGGUUCACGGAGAUGCCUUGGGACCUCCCCUGCAUAGCUCCCCACCUCAGCAAGCUGGACAUGCAUGGCAACACUCUCUAUGACAUGGAUAUUGUACAUAGUUUGCCUCUGGGCAUACAUUCUGUGCUCCUGGCCCGUAAUAACCUUGUGGCUUUGGACAAGCAUCGCUCCGUGUCGCUGCCAUGCGGGGAUCCACUGCGAUUAUUGACCCUACCAGAACAGAACUUUGGCAACCGUUUUUGUCGUCACUGUCGCCAUGAAGUACUGGAAAAUCUCACCAACUUAUCACUGGAUCAUAACCAACUGUCUAAUCUGCCAGUUGUGGACAUUGUCGAUGAGAGCACUCAAGAUCCUGAGCUACAAGUAGCCUUUGAUAUGGGCACUGUCAACUACCUGGUCUACUAUCCCAACCUUUCCAUACUGUCUUUGGAGAAGAACUUGUUCACGAAAGUGCCCGCCCAACUGCACCACCUCACACACUUAUCGUCCCUCUCUCUCUCCUAUAACAACAUUCACGAGUUACCACCAGAGCUGGGCCUCAUCAACCCUCAACAGUUGCUACUGCUCAAGAUGGAGGGUCUCUUCCUCAAGAACAUCCCGGAGAACCUACUCAAUCGUCCCACACCCAAACACCUUCUCAGCUAUCUCAAAGCUCUGUUGCAAAAAUCACGUCCGUACCGGCGUAUCAAGCUAAUGGUUGUGGGUGCGGCCAACAAAGGCAAGACCUCGCUACUACUCAACCUCACCAAGAAAGGACGCAUCAAUCGCUGCAAAGACGUCGCCAUGAGUUUCAACAAUGUUCCCUUGGCAACGGUUGGAGUGGAGCUCGGAGAUUGGGAGUAUAGUCCAAACGCUAAGACUCCAAAGGUGACCUUUAUGACCUGGGACUUUGGAGGUCAGGCGGAGUACUACGCCACGCAUCAGUGUUUCCUUACCAAACGCUCACUCUACAUUCUGGUGUGGGAUGUGACGGAUGGAGAGCAAGGACUACGAGACCUGCGUCCAUGGCUGGAGAAUAUCGAAGGGCGUGCUCCAGAGUCCCCCGUGUUUAUACUGGCUACUCACGCUGACAAAUUGCCUCAGGACUCUAAGAAGGAUUGUCUGGAACGCCUCAAGGCACGCUUCCGAGAGCUGUACAUUGACUAUCCCAACUCACGCUUCAUGUACCCACGAGUACACCGCCAUUGCUUCUUCGUGAACUGCUUUGACAACAAGCACAUGGACAAUCUGAGGGAGAUCAUCUACGACUUUGUCACCAAGUACAAGGCUCCAGCACCCAAACACUUGAUGAGUGAGAUGGACCCACUACUGGAGCAGCUCAUCCCAGCCUCGUAUCUAGUGCUAGAGGACAUUGUACGCUCUCUGGCUGAGCAGUGCAAGAAGCAAGCCAGACAACCCAUCUUCACCAAGCAGGAGUUCAUCUCAGCGGUGAAGGAUCACGAGGCUGGUUACUAUGAGAAGCUGGGAGAGCUAGAUCAGGCGACACAUUUCCUUCAUGACAACGGCCUCCUCCUUCACUACGAGGACAGCAGUCUCCUCAGUGACCUCUACUUUGUGGACCCUCAAUGGCUGUGUUCCAUGCUUGCUAAGGUCAUCACUGUACAAGAGAAAAACCCGUUUCAGAAAAAUGGGUUCAUGUCAGUGGAUGACCUUUACAAGAUCUUCCCUACGUUUGUGCAGCAGUUUGUCACGCUCAUGCAACGCUUCGAGGUAGUACUACUGCUAGACAGCCGGAGGAUGCUCAUCCCAUCACUCCUACCCACACUGGAGGCAGACUCCAUCAUCGUCUUUAUACGCUCCGUUAGUCACUCACUAUUGGACAAGAGGCUCACGCGAUCAACCUCGACAGAGAGUAAAGAAGACCACACCCCAUUAUCACAGGAGGUCCCUCACGCCCCCAUCUGUCAGACACCCUAUCCCAUAGUCUCCCGUUACUACGUCCUCUCAUUUGUGCCUCAGGGGUUCUUUACACGUGUAAUAGCAAGGCUCAUGAGUAAGGAUAUUAUGGACCACCUCCACGACUCCUUGUUACGAAGCCGACUGGAGGAGAAUCAUCUUUUGAACGCUCCGCACUGGCGCUGUUGGAGGGACGGUAUCAGCAUCAUCUGGAACCAUAUGGAGAUAUUCCGUAUAGCACCCGUCAACUACCCCCUAGUGAGCAUGCAUAAGACUGUGUUGCUAAGCAACAGCGGAGGACAGGAGGUACAAACGCUCAAUGGUGUUGAGAUCAAGGUAGCGAUAUUACCCGAGGAAUCAGUCAAUACCUGCAGCAUGGUGCCCAACGUUGAUAUGGGCCAAGAGUGCUCCAAAGGUCGAUGCAUUGCGACCUGGUUGUUGCAUCAAGCCGUCACUGUUAUAGACUCAGUAUUUGAGGACUGGUACGAAGCAUUCUCCAAGAAGAAAGGAUUUGAAUUGUCGACCAUUAACAGCGGUAGUCCCUGUACGGUGUGCUAUAGAGCCGUACAAACUGCCGAAGUCAUGGCAACGACCACGGCACUUCAGAGACGUCACUCUACGUUCUCUGCCUCAUAUGAUGUCAUCAAUCGCUGGUCAGUGGGUGAGAGGACUCUGUACUUAUUCUCGAGCAUGUACUGUUCCCUCGCGCUGGAGGAGGGGGUGUGUCUACGCUGUCCCGCCCACGGGGACAUAAAGGUUGCAGAAGUCGCACCAGAUCUGGUGUUUAGUGACUUUCCGUCCUACAAAGUAUUCCCAGAUCCCUCCGUUGUGGUCGUAAAGAAGGAGUUAGGAGGCGGCGGCUUCGGCACUGUCUUCAAGGCCACCCUCAAACAGAGCUGUGGGCUGAUGAAUGUUGCAGUGAAGCAGUUCCACUCGGAUAUGAUGUACAUUGAGCAAGACGAGAAAGCAAUGGCGGAGCUAAAGGCGUGGGACAUUUACCAGAAGGCCAGCCAAGAAGCUCGAGUGAUGCUCCCCCUCUGCCACCCCCACAUCCUGGGACUAAUCGGCCUAACCUUUCAGCCGUUGAGACUACUAGUAGAACUGGCACCAAUGGGUGAUCUAAAAGGCUGUGUCAAGCCGUUUCAGAAAGCACGAAUUCGACUGAGCAGAACCACCCUCAAACACACGCUUGUUCAGACUGCUGAGGCACUGCAAUAUCUCCACUCCAAGAGCUUUAUCUAUCGUGAUCUAAAGCCUGACAAUGUGUUGGUGUGGAAGUACCCUACUCCUGAGACACAGUGGAGCAGUGGAGUGUGCGUGUUCGUCAAGGUGGCUGAUUAUGGUAUCAGCAAAGAGGUCACCCCUCAGGGCAUUCGAGGCGUAGAGGGGACCAAGCCGUACCUUGCACCAGAGGUGCUGCUGAAUGGCGGUAAAGAGGCCUACUCGCAACAAAUGGACAUCUACGCCUUUGGCAUGUUCAUAUACUACCUGUCGUCCUUUAUGACCCCCUUUGAGAAUGAUACCCGACCAAUCACAGCCCUGCUAGAGGAGGGACGGAGACCUGAGCUACCAUCCAAGCUUCACCCCCGCUCACUCCAGAUGUUUGAGCUGAUGUGUUGGUGCUGGAGCGAUCUUCCUCAACACCGACCGACGUUUGACCAGAUCUUAGACACGCUCAAGACCGACACCUUCACGUCCCUCCUAGCGGCUACCUCCCUCACCAAAGAUGGAGAUGAGGUCACGGCUGCCAGCAUUCACAGUACAUAUGCAAGACGCUCCUCCAUCACGUCCUUUCAGAGCAGAAGUGUCACAAGCAUGUUUGCUAGUAAUAAUGGAGUGGACUUCUCCUUGACGCACACUGAUGCCUUAAGCCUCAUAGUCGGUGGUCCGGGGGAGGAGCUCACCACACAAGUGUGGUAUGGCACUGACAGGGGCAAUGUUGGAGUCAUCCAGUUCCAGAGAGGAGGAGUCAUCAAAGACGAUGUGGAACUUCCUACCAAGCGUAAAAAGUAUAUCCUCAACGUGAGUGUGGUCAACAAAAACGUAUGGAUAUGUACUGCGGGGGCAGGGCUCUGGGUCUACAACACUACCUCCAGACAACCCAUUGCCAGCUGGGGAGAGCAAGAGAAGCAACAGAUAUACACGCUCCUGAACGUUGCUGACACCUCCACUAUCCUCGCACUUACACACAAGGGAAUGUACACGUUUGACUCGGACCUUGGACCCUCCUCCGCUGACUACGGUAUCUUGUACCCUACUCGGAGUAUACCCAUAAGUGGUAGAGAACUAAAUGAAGGAAUCGUUAUUCCCUCAGGGGCCAAUCUGACUGAGACAGAAGUGUGGGUGUGUUCCCAGACUGUACUGGGUUUCUAUAUUCUCGAGUCGAACAAUUUUAGUAUUGUGAGUGAGAUCAAGCCGCCCACUCAGGAGGGGGUGGGUCACAAAGUACGUCACAUGACCACGAGUGUGCUGAGUGGGCGUAGAGUACUCCUGGUGGCGGACAGACACACUGUCCUCUACUGGGACGUGGCUGAUAGAGAGAGACAACAAGAGAAGGACUUCGAUUGCUCUGUAGCUUGCAAGCCCAUAUAUGGAGACGUUAAUUCUCGAACCAGUCGUGUGACGUCUCUCCUCUCUGGUGGUGACUUCCUGUACGUAGGAACAAGGGGCGGGGUCAUCCUUGUCCUAGACUCUCUUACCAUGACCCUCCACAAGUUACUACAUGCUUACUCCAAACCUGUACGCUCCCUGUUACUGGCUCAACCCAACAGUGAUGACUCUCAGUCUGUUUUCAGACGUCUAUUCUCACUGAAAGAUGUGAGGCAACUCUCUCGUCUGAGUAGCAAAUCCUUGAGCAGCAGUUCCUCGCUGCAAUCUACUGACUCUGCCCCCUCUAAUAGAGCCGUGCUCGUGAGUCUGGGGAUGGGCUACAGAAGUGUGAUUGGUGACGCUGAUAAUCAUCACUCGGUGUUCCUCAUGCCUAGCGACGGCUCCAAGACUAACAACAAACUGGCUAAGAUACCCACACAGCACGGACAUUUGUUGCUGUGGUCGGCAGAGACCACUCGUACAACUGGAUUGACCAAUGGGACGCAAGGAUGUGGCGAUGAAGGGGGUGGGGCUACAUUGCCCGGCUUGUGCGAGGAAGCAGAGGAACUAAGCGAUGAACUAUUUGAGAGUGGUGAUUGAUUGAAUCUGUGUGUACUUUUAAUUUGCUGUUGAAAAUCAUUAAUUUUAUAUCUUUUCUAUAAUUAUCGUUUUCCCUUGAAAAAUGUUAAUCACAAAUUACAAUAGUUACUAUA